AUGUCUAGGGGUCCACCCCAUCGGUGAGUAGCAAUAUUUCUUCCUAGUAUCUCACUUUUGAGAAGCAGUGCGCGGUUACUUCCAAGUGUUUUUUUAAACCCUGGUCAUUGAACCGCAAACCGAUGUCACUUCAACAAAUGCAUCUACUGUGAUGUGUUCGAAUAAGGAUCUUUGUAGCCUAGCGUUAUAAGUAAAUUGACUAGAAAAACUCUUUGAUGGACAAGAUAUCCCAAGGUUUGAAGGUAAUAUGCAAGAACUUGAUACAAACAUAAAGUACCUUUAAGGUAAAAAUGUCUGCUGUUGUUCAAAUAUAUUGUGUUAUUGUGUUAAAGAUACACUCCUGGUGAUGAGAGAUCAUUCAGAAGAUAUCAACAAAGAUAUGGAGAAUUUUCCGGGUAACAUCCACUGCCAUCUUGAAGUAGUGCAUGUUCGAAUUUAAAAAUUCUCUAAAAUAAGAUUUUCCCCACUUGUUUAACAUGUCUGUCGCUGCAUCUAAACAGCUGCCCUCACACAUUAUUUUUGCUUUUCUAACUGGGUCAUUCUAUGGGCCCAUGAUGAGAAAUAUAUCAAAUCGUUAUUUAGUUAAAACAAAUUUAAGCUGGCCAAAUAUGUUUCAUGUUUAAUUUUUUUUAGGUUUAAAUCGCACCUGUAGAUGUUAAAGUCAGUGACGUAUAUUACAUUGACGAUAGAGUAACAAAAACUUGAUCAAUAUAAAUUUUAUAAUGAAAAGAAUAAUUUUCUGAUAACUUCUAUUACACGAGUAGCAGAAGUACAGUUCUUAGUUGUUUUAAGCCUAUGUUACCCGCCUUCAAUGCAUGUUUCAUGGGGAUAUUGAUAAUAUGAUGUGGAUAAACUAUACAUACAGUGAUUGUAGUUGUAAUCAGUGCAUCAAAGAAGAUAUUGAUUAACAAUGUUGCUCUAGCUUAGAAUUAACAACAUGUUUUAUCAGCUAAAAAUUCUGUCAUUCAUUAUGUAUCUACUAAUAGUUACACUGUUUGCAUGUAUCACUUAAAAACUUGAACUGACAUAAAAGAAAAAAACCCUGGUUUCUUCUGCCCUCCAGUUAUUGAUUUCUAGGAAUUAGUACAGUUUUUAUGGGAGUAAGAUACAAAUAACUUACGCACAAAUGGUAGCCUCUGCUGAAGAAAUUUGCAUUCAUAAAUGUAAGGAAUUGAUUCCAUGUUGCAGUGGUUCUGUUCAAUAAUAGAUCACAGAUGAAGUCUGUUUUGAAUUAUUUCUUAAUUGAUAUAUAUUUUUGCACCAAUUAUUCAAUGAAUGAAAUAGAUAAGACUUCAGAUCAAACUCGCUCGUAUUUCAUUUUUAGUCAUAUCUUAAGUUUGCUAUUUCCAAAUUGACAUGCAGUCAGUGUACCCAUAGCCACUUUCUCAUGUAACUUUAUUUCAUGCACAAGGAUCUACCUUUCAGGUACAAUAGCUUUAUAUUAUUUGUAUUUUUCUUUCCCUUUAAUGUCCAAUUGCAGAUUUCUAUCUUACUUUAAUUUCCGUUUUAUUUUGUAACUUUCAUAUUGCAACACCAUGCCUCGAGUAUGAUCGCAAUGUCGUCACAAAUCAUGCAAAAUUGUAGCUAUCUUUGUUUUUCAGAAUUAUUAAAUAUUACAGGAGUCCUUGUGUUGAAUCAUGUGUUUGUUUGUAUCAAAGUCAAAAUGUGGUAAGAACAAAAAUGUGGCAUGCAAGAUGCAAGCAUGUCACUUAUAUUCUUAUCACAUUUUUACAUCUUCUGUGAUCUUUUACUUAACAGACUCACUGUAACAUGGAACCUAUUUGUUUUAUAUGAUGAAAAAAAAAUUGUUAUUUGUGAUGUCGUCUGUGCUUCACUAGAUCAAUCACAAGAAGCAAUCAAAAUGCGUGUAUUACUCAUAAAAAUACAUGAAAAUACAUAAAUCACAGAAAGUAUCAGAAAAACUAUCAACAGUAAAAUGUCCAAACUUUGCAUUUAAUCUCAAAUAAGAAAGGUCAGUGUACUAACAAGAAAGGUCAAAAGCUAGAUCAGAUUUUCUUGAAAGAGAGGGAAACCUUUGUUUUCAUAAGUGAUGGAACAAUUCUCUUUCUGAUGUUUUUGGAGUUCUUGCAGUUUGACUUUCGUUUGGCAAUUACGUCUCUUAAUUAGAGCGAACUAGAAUUAAUUAUGAAAACUUGUCAAUCCAAGAAUCUGUACAUGUGUUGAGACUACAACCAUAAAGAAAGACAUUGAUUUUUAUUUUUUAAUUAAAGGUUCUUUCAAUUUUAUGUUUAAUCAAACUUAAGAUAAUAAUGGUCACUAUAGUGUUGCUACCAUUUCUGCAUUUAUGGAAUUGAUAAAAAAAUUUUGUGAGAACUCAAUUGGCACUUAGGCCCUGAUGCAUGCAAUUACAAGUUUUGUUUCAUUUUUAUUUUUUGAUUUCAGGUGUGCACUCAUUGGUUAAUUCAAAUGAGUUAAAUUUAAUGAUGUAACAUGUAUUAUCAAGUGUAGAAAAAAAAAAGUGAAUUUGGGAUUUUUGAGUCAAACUGGACUUUUAUUGUUCCUUCAGCAUUGAAAGUAGUUUUAUACACGAUUUUGAGGGCUGUCAGGAAAACCUCAGUGGUAUUAAAACAUGUGGUAUUAUUAUUAUGAAAAUGAUGCAAUAAUGAUAAUAAUAGUGUAAUUUUAAAUUAAAGGAAUAUUUCAAGCUAAUUGUGUAAAGUAAUUAUAACAUUUGAUCAGUAAUUUUAUAAUACCCUGAUGCAUGUACUUUUAGUAUUAUAAUCAUUGUUCAUUUAAUUAUCAUUUGUUGUAAUAUCAUUCUAACCUACUUAACAUUUGAAAUUAUGAAGAUUUUCAAACAUUUUCAUGUAGUCUCCACUUCUCUUUGUAGUAUUUUUUUAAUCUUUGUGAACAAGAUCUAAAGUACAUCUGUUUGACAGAAUGUUUUUCCAUUAUAACUGAAUUAUAAAUGAGGUCUCUUCAUCGUUUUAGGUUUGGAAGAGCAGUCCAAAACUUGCUUUAAAAAAAAUUGUAUUCCUUAAAUAUAAAUUUCCUCUUUUGCAAAAGUAAAAAUGUAUAAUUGAACAAUCAAUCAUUAGUCUCAGGAUGUAAGAGUGAAGCUAAUCAAUUGUGUAUUUCAAUCAAUAUGGUAAUUUUUUUGGGCUACAUCAUCUUACAUCAUGAGACAAAUGAUUAAAUGUUCAUUUAUUUAUCAAACCACGAUGAACAACAGUACUUUCUCUAACAUAUAGAAAUAUAUUUUUAAUGAACCUGUGUUUGGAGCUGUAUUAAUUUUUGGGUUUUCAGUUUUUUACAAGGUAUUUUAAACCCAUAUUAAAUUGUACAAAUUUGUUUGGAUGUGCCAUGAAUUUUUAAUAUUAGGUGAACAAAAUGUUUUCUUGAUAACCAUACAUAACAGUUAACUUUAUUAACUUGUUCCAUAAAUUCUUGGAAAAAUGAACUUUUAAGGUCAACUUACAUUGUUCUAUGUAAUAUAUAAAAUGAGGAAGUUUCUAAUUUAUAUUUUUUUCCGGAUGUAAGGUCAUCAAGCUACGGUUACUAUGGAGGCCCACCAUACAAAAGACAACGCCACCUUAGUGACGAGGACAUAUGUCCCCCAUCUGGGGCAGAUUAUGGUCAUGCUGCCUACUUUGAUCCUCCAUAUGUAAGGCACCAGGUAUGAACUUUUUUGCUACAUCUGCUUUACAAAUUUUGCUGGUAAACAAAGAUAGAAUCAUGCCCAUAAUUAUUUAAAGAAACAUCAUUCUUUCUUUUACCCUUAACUCCCAAAAACUCAUAAGUAAUUCCCCUUACUGUCUCUCAUAUGUUGUUCAAUACUUUGAACAGUGUAUGUUCACUGUUAGUUCAUAGAAUUUGGUAUUGGAUCAACUAAUAAUCACCUAAUGGAUAUUUUUCUAUAUUCUCAUCACCUGUCUGCUUUGUAUUGUAUUGAUAUUGUAAGGAGAAAUUCUCUCUUAGUCACACAAGGGUGUUAAGGGUUCAUGAAACAAAAUUUGAAUUGUUUUUCUCAGGAGGUUGGAUUGGGGGACUACAAUGACUUUAGUUCAAUUAGUGAGAAGGAUAUGAAAAUGGAAAGGUAGGUGUACUGAACUAUUUUGACUUAUACUUUUAAAGUAGUGUUAACUCUUUAAUUCCCAGACCAAAUAUACAAUUCUUAUAAUGUUAGUUCAGAGAAUUUAGUAUUGGAUCAACUAAUUAUCCCCAAAUUGAUAUUUUUCUUUAUUAUCAUCACUUAUCUGGUUGAUAUUGCAUUGAUAUUAUAAGGAGAAAUUCUGCCUUGGUCACUCAUGGGAUUUAAAGGGUUAAAAGAAUUCAUAAAUAUAAUUAAUAUAUAUUGUGUUAUUAUUAUUAAUGAUAUUAUAAUAGAAUUGAAUUAAUUUCCACGAUGCAUGCAGUAAAUUGUAAGAAGUAGCCAUGAAAACCAUAAUGAUCCUAUAUCGUGAGGCCAUUUUGACUCUAGUAGGGAGAAGGGAUGGGGCAGUGAUUCCUGGACCUGUUGUCACAUCUGGGUUGAGUUUGUUGUUGGUUCUUGUCCUCACUCUGAGGGUUUUUCUCUAAGUCCUCUGGUUUUCCUCUCUCCACAAAAACCAAGAUUCCGAUUCAACCUGGAAACAGUGGAAAAGAAGAGCCACCUUGUGAAAUGUCCAUUGCUAAAUCCCACAUGUUUUCAAAUAAAAUUGAUACACUCCUUCAGAAUUUUUAUACCUCAACCAUAGAUUUUACUUCAUGUACUUGCUGUUAGGUUCAAGAUGGCUUCAAAAUGUUGUAAAAGCUGUCGUUUUGUUUUGCGUUUUAAGAAAAUUGAAUAUGCUGUGUAUCAUGAAUUAUCCACUUGCAUGUAAUUUUCAGAGAGGGAAUUAAGAAAGAAUUUGAAAGAUCUGAACUUCAUACCAAGAAAUGGCAGACUUCUUCAGAAGGCAGUGGGUAUUCUACCAGUGCUCCGUCAUCACCUCACUCAAGAGUAUCCCCAAAGAUCUCACCACGCCUUUCUCCUCGAGUUGGACCAAGUACUCCUCCAUCUUCAACUUCUCAGCCAACACCAGUCUCAAUUUCAACUUCUGGACAAGAUCAGUCCAAAUCACUUUCACCAUCAUUUUCAGAUGAAGCAGCUUCAUUUUCAAGGCAUCAUUCCUUGCAGGUUGUUUGUACAACAUCAUCAUCACUGUCUUCACAAAUGUAUGGGGCUGCUGUUCAUGAAAAAAUAAGAGAGAGCACUGGAAGACCAGCCCUGAUUUCGCCAUCUGCAAGUGACCCACAAAAGGUACUUAAUUCACUGAAUGGGAUAUAAUCUUGUUUGUUAUCUCACACAAUAAGUGAUUAUUGAACAAGAUGACAGUGUUACUCAUAUGGCCAUGUCCUAGUUAAAUGAUCUACUAAUGGAAAUGUUAUGUUUCACUUAACAGGAUUCGUACCCUGGCCCUACUAUUGAAGCUGUAUCUCCAUCAGCUCCAGGUAUACAUGUACUAGCUUCUCAUCUUUUUUGCCUUUCUUUUGCAUGUGAUCUCAUAUGGAGGAGACUUACUCAGCAUGUUAUCCUUGCAGAGUGUGAAUGUUAUUGAUUCAGAAGUUAUUUUGGUAGGUUCUGAAGGCCAAAGUGAGGAAAAGAAAGCAGUUACAGAGGAUCCCUCUGAUCUGAUGUCUAAAGAUGAGCUUCUCCAGGGGAUGGAGAAGGUGGACAGAGAAAUCUCACAGGUGGAACAGCAGAUCAACAACCUCAAGAAAAAGCAGGUUAGACUUGUUGAUGUAGGUUUGGAAAAAAUUCAUUUGUCAGCCGCCAACUUUUCCAGUAAUCACUGUGCAAUUUAGUUCCACUUGUUGGAUCUUGCUUUCAAUUGAUGUGACCUUUGUAUGCGAUUUGUCCCUUUUCAAUGGGCUAGAUACAUGAAUGUCCAAUAGGAUUGUAUUGGUUUUUCUUUGCUUGGCUCUCCCAUUAGUCCAUCAAACUUGCACUACUAUAAUCUCAACUAAUCAGAUUUAAAACUAAAACCAAGCACGACUUGGCCACCCUUGUUUUUCCUGCACUUCAAGUUCUCUUUGGUUCAUUAGGGUAUUUUCCUUUCUUUUGUUUGGCUAUAAUGAUAACUUUGGUUUUGGUUUAACAACACUCAAUCGAAAAGCCCUCUAACAAAACCAUAACCAGCAGUCAAUCAGUGUAAAGGAAAAUGUCAUAGGGGACCAGUGAAAAUAAUGCAAGCAACUGCCUCAAGCUCAGGGAGAAAUAAGUGAACAGGUGGUAAUUGGCUUUUGUUUUGAACUUGGUUCUUGGAGAGAGUGACACACUCCAUUUUCUGCAUAUAAGCAUGCACACAACCCACAAUUCUUCCAUUUGCUCUGACAAAGGGCUAAUGGUUGAAACAUCAGCUUUGAAACUCUUUACUGUGGCCAAUUUAAAUUAUCAACUCAAUUGAUAAUAUUAAUUAACCCUGUUAUAAUCUUCCACUAAUGCAGCACCACAGUUUCUUUAGACUUACCUCCUUUAUUCACAAGUUUUGUUAGCCAACCAGCAAAGUGAAGCAGAACCAAUGCAUUACAGGAUGAUUUCAACACUCACUUAAAAAUUGCUUCCCUUUAACGAUUUUAUCCCCAAUGACCGCUGAGAGUGACUAGCAUCUAAUUUAUCCUCACAAUAUUACCCCUGAAUCAAUUCCUAAGGUUACAAGUAUGAAGGGAAAAAAUCAACAACUUAAGAAGCUCUUGAUUCUUGAACAAAUGCUCCUUGACAUCACCAUAGGAAAUGUAUAGAGAACUGUUUGGAGAGUUUGCAUGGCGAUGAUAGGAUGCAAAAGGGUUGAUUACUAAUGAAUUGAAUAAAUAAAAUUUUAGAAACAACUUGAGGAAGAGGCUUCAAAACAGCCCAGUGAGCCUCCUGAGGAAGAGCUACCACCCCCAACACCUAAACCCAAAAGUAUUGUACAGAAGAUUUAUGAGGAAAAUCAGGUAUGUCAUUUUCAAACUUCAAAGGUUUUCCCUUUAUUUUACCGCUUUAACAGAUAAUAUUGCUUGCUCCUUUACACAAGUCCAAAUUGAUUAAGAAACUUAAGGGAACUAGAGGAUUGAUUGUACUUUAAAUGAUAUUUUACCAGGAAUGGUGAAAUUGUGUUAGAAUGACAUUAACAUGUAGCAAGAAAAUCAAUUAUGCAAUGUAUAGCCCCUGAUGUGCCACUUUUUUUGGCUUCACCUCAUUUUGAGGUCAUCCAUCAUUUAUUACUGAACAGAGGCCUAACAACGUUUGUAAGGUCCCUUUGGAUAACAGCUGUGUAACUGAAUGGGCCACCCUGGCUAAAUAAAAUCUUUCUUUACCUAUACCUAACAUGAAAUCUAUGUGUAUAAGUCAAUUUCUUGGGGUAGUGAUAUAACUGCCAAUACUCAGAAAUAGCAAAUAAGUUAAUGUGUGAAAUACAACUUGGAAAGGAAAAUUCUAGAUAACUCUCAGAAAGUAGUUAGGUGUUUCUACUGAGUCAAAUAUGAGACCACGUGUGGUGAGCAAGGGAAAUAUUAGAUGUUUCUUUAUUCUCUUGAAGGAAUGAGCUCACAAUGAAAUGAAAUUAAUAAUAAUAUUUUAACUGUGAAUCAUAUGCAAGUAACAAAUUAAUCCUCAUAGGUAAACUGCUGUUAAAGAAAUUGUACAAAAAAAAAGUGACCCAAAUAUUUUAACAAAUUUGAUCCACGAGAGAAGAAAUAGACAGUGUAUUGACUCUACAACGGUAUCACAAACCAUUAUUGGUAAGAAUUGAAUAGUUACAUGUGCUUGUAAUACUGAAUGCCAACACUCAGCUGUGAUUUGAUCAUGCAGUCUGAUCAUUGCGGCAAGAUUAGUUCUGAGAAGGACUUUUGUAGGUAGUAGUGACAGAUGUUCAACAACCCUAGUAGAAGUCAAUUCUGAUGAUGACUUCUGCCACUAAGGUUGUCAAAACAGUCAUUCUUCUCAGGACUACUCUCACCUGGAUGAUUAGACCUCACCAUCAAACAUCACCAGUGAGUUCCAACCAUUAACCCUUUAACUCUCAUGAGUGACCAAGACAGAAUUUCUCCUUACAAUAUCAAUAAAAUUUCAACCAGAUAAGUAAUGAGAAUAAAGAAGUAUGUCAAUUUGGGAUAAUUAGUUGAUUAAAUGCUGAAUUCUCUGAACAAACAUUAUAAGAAUUGUAUGGUUGACAUUAAGGAGAAUUACAAAUUUGAUCUGGGAGUUAAAGGGUUAACUGUACUCAGCAUUGAUUGAAGUGUUGUAAUUGUCUUACAUACAGAAAAAGGCUGAGACUGCUGAAGCAAGGCUGGCAAAGCUCAGUGUGCCACUUCCAGGAGGAAAGGUAUGGAGUAUAAUCAUUUUGAACUACAUUGCCACUUCCUAUGCUUAAGGUACCCCCAAGAUGACAAAAAGAAAGGUUGUUAUUAUUUGAUUCCAGUUGUAUCACACCAUGUAUUGCACAUUCAUUUUAAAAUAAAUAUGAUUUUUUUUUUUAGAGAUUAAAGUUGGAAAUUUAAACUCUUUAACCUUACCUGAUGGAUUCUUAUUUGAUGUCUUUGGUUUUCUUGUAGCCCUUGUACAAUCAACCAUCUGAUCUCCCUUGUUACCAUGAGAAUCUUAGAAAGUGAGUGAUGUACAAUAUAGCUAACAUGCAGCUGUUCCUUUGAUUAAUUCAGAUAUUCUAUACACCCCAGUAUUACAGUUUGUAAAUAUCUGCUCUUGAUGGUAUUGGUUCAUAGAUGAUUUUAAGCACUCAUUUUGCUGUAAGAAUGGGUUGGUGGACAAUUGUCCAUGUGAUCAUUUUGACAAAACGAGGGUAUGGUUUGUUAUGUGGACAUGAUAACAUGUUGCUGGUUAUUCUGGUAAAAAUAAUCACCUUUUGGCCCUCAAUGAACUUUUCUUCUAUCAAAGCUUUACAAAUCAUGCAUAAGGACUUAAUCAUGCAUUUCAAAUAUUUAAAAGAUUGCUAUAUUGUGCUCAUGACGUUUUGGCUUUUUCACUGAGUACAGCAAAUGUUUCAAAUAUUUAAAAGAUGGAGUGCACAAAAACUGUAAUUUUUCAUAGCAAGUGUUUUUCUAUGAGUUGUUAACAGCCAGUGUCAAAAGGGUUUAUGUAAGAAUGGGGUGCAGUGGUAUAUUUUAGAGGUCUAGCUGAUGAAAAAAACGUAAGAAUGCUGUAGUUCAUUUUUGACAUACCUAGAGGUCUAGUUCAUGAAAAAAUGUUUACUGUUGCAGAGCCCCAGCUAUUAAAGCUAAAUUGGUCAAAUAUUUCCAGCUACGAAAGCAAGCAAAAGAACUCAAGGUAGAGAUGACUCACUCUAUUCACUGCCUGGUUUAAACAAGUUUUAAAAUUGUUUUGUUUCAUUCUUAUAUCUUUUGUGGUUCAAAGUUUCCUUAGUUUAAUAUAUUAUUUUUCAACUUGUUUGUGUAUUCUCUGUUUCCUUAGCCCUACUCAAUUUUAUUGUAACCAAUUAAUUUCAUAUUCUUUGUUGAAAAGUACAGGGUGACUUAGUUGGGUAAUGGUAGACUCUGGACUCUGGGGUUUUGGAAGUUUAAAACCUUAAGAAAAUUUAUAACAAAUUUGUUUUUCUUUCAGAAUCGUCAACUUUGUAAAGAAUACAAGACUUUGAAGCAAGCAUGGCUCAAGAAAAUUGAGAGAAAUGAAAACAAUCCAAAAAGAAAGUGAGUGCACAGAUCUACCCAUUAUGAUAACUCUUUACUUGUUAAUAAAAGUUCUUUGUUUUAUUGAAUAGCCAAAAAAAGUUGGACUGCAAUUUUGAUGAACCAUAAUAACUUUCUAUCAAAUUGAAUAAUUCAUGACAUAAGGUUCCGGGUAAUUGUUUUUAUUAAUAAUUGAUUCUUAUCUUGUAUAAUAAUAUUGUGCUUAUUCCAUGAAGACAAAAGGAGGCUAAGCUGAGGGAAUUUUAUGAAAAAGUUUUUCCUGAAAUCAGGAAGCAAAGAGAACAGACAGAACGGUUUGCCAGGUGAGUUAGAUAUAUGCUAACUUUAAACUUGAUUUGGUUUUAUCAUUGCCUAUAUAUUAAUUUUGGUAGCUGUUUUAAACAAAACAUCCAUUUGUUUUUUAGAUGAUGAUUAUUAUCAUAAUUAUUGUUAUUGUUAUUAUUAGUCUUAUUUGAUUGUGUCUACUAUUUAAAGUAUUAAAAUUACAGUGUUCUUACCAUAACUGAUGAUGCUAACAUAACAAAGUUACUCAUUAUGUGUAAUGACAAUUGCUUAACAAAUGGCAAACAUUAACACCACUGUCAUGCAUAAAUUACUCUGCCUAACACACAUGGAUAAGGCCCAGUUCAAACAUUGUGCUAUUGUCGUGUAGAACUCAAUAAUCAAUCAAGUUUGACAUUCCGCAAAACUGUAGCUUGACUUUUGAAUUCCAUAUUGCACCAGAAUUGGAUAGUCCUGAAACUGAGUUGCCCUACUCAACUCAAUCAUGAUGUCUGAAUCAGAGUUGUGCUUCUUCCCUGCCAUAGUGAACUUAUUGCACUUAAGUUAUGUACAGUGGAAGUACAACAUCUGAACAGGGUCUACCUUGCUUUCUUACAUCACUGGCUUAUAUACACAACCUACGUAUGCAUGCAUACUGAUAUGUAAAUCACUCACAGAGCUGGUUCUUUAUUUUAAAGAGUAAGCAACUUGCAACAUCUUUGAAAAACAUGCAGUACUUAUGUUGCCCAUAGGAAAAAAUUGCAGUUUAUUGACAGAUCUGUAUCCUAUCAAUUGAAUGAAUUUAUGUUUAGAAAGAAAUUGUACAAUGCCAAGCAGUACUACCCACCACCUAUUUGAUUCAUAGUCAAACAUAAGUUUGCCCCCUUUUUCUGUGACAUGCCUGGUGAUUUCUUUGGUAAUUAAAAGAUAUGAAAAUAUGUUUGUUACAGAAUGGGCUCCAGAAGUAACUGGGGUAUUGUGGCCAGAAGUGAAGCUGAAUUUAAUGAGAUUGUAGACAACUUAAAUGAGCAGGAGGUAAGGGGAAGGAAAAAUGGAAAGAACUAUUAAUCCUUUAACUCUCAAGAUCUGAUUGUUAAAUCUCCCCCAUAGCUGCUACGCAUUUUCUUGUAAAUUAGUUACAAGAAUUUGGUGUUAGAUCAAGAUAAAAAUGUCUACCUUAUGUUAGAGUAUUCUCAUCACCUGCAUGCAUGAUAAUGGAUGGAUAUUAUAGUGAGAAGUUACAUAUUGAUCACCUCUAGGAGUUAAAAGUUUAAAAACAGCUAUCAUGGAAUGCCUAAGGUUCUUACUUAAAAGAAUAAAAGAAAUUUGAGGAAUACUUGCAUCACAAUUAGCUCUCUGAUUUUCAAAGCUUCUCUACAGACAAGUGUUGUAAUUGUUGUUGUUAAUGUUUUCAUUUUGAUCCUUGGUUGAGAUUGGAUCUGUGUUUGUUUCUAGUCAUUAUCAUAUUCAGCAAUGGAGGAAAAUAAGAUUUCGACUAAUUUCUCUCUGUUUUAAUGGUUUUAUAAUUGAGAUAUUCUUUUUUUGCUGUAAGUUAUUUUAUGUUUUGUAUGAAAGAUGUCAUAUUCCUUUUUAUCAGGCUAAUGAACGUCAUAUGCGCACUUUAGCUGUUGAACCUCCACCUUUACUUGACAAAGAGGAGAGACGAGUGAAAUUUAUCAACAGAAAUGGUUUGUGCUGUACCUUGUAUAAAGUAGAUACAUACAAUGUACAUGUACAUCUUUCUAUUUCAGGCAGUCAGUCAUUAGGCCAUGGUAUUGUUGAUCUUCAGUUACAGUUUUUACAAUUUCAGUCGCAGAGAUUGGGUUAUUAAUAUAUUAUUUAUGUAAUAGUAUAAGGACUGAGUGGGGUGAAGUCCAAUUCCAUAUUAGUCCAAUUCUAAUAUUAUCAAUUAGGUAACAUUAUUUAUUAUACAUUUGAACAUUAAUAAGAUACAGGACCUUAAGGUGUAGAUAUUUAUUUUAUAUAUAAGCCUUAUUUUACAAUUAUUUCUAUGCAUCUAUUCAUUUAUCUAUUUAUCUGUAUAAAUAAGUUUAAAUCCUUAUAGAAGAAAUUAAAAAAAUUGUUAUUAACAUACGUUGAUUAACAAAAUGGGAUGACCGUGAAGAGGGAGUCAAACAGAAGAUGUUGGGAGCUCAUGAGAAUGACAGUUCACAGACCAUUUCCUCCUUCUAUAGGCCUCAUAAGGGAUCCACUUGCAACACUGAAUGAAAGGAAACACAAGAACAUAUGGACUGAGAAAGAGAGGCUGAUCUUCAAGGACAAGUAAGUGGCAAGGGCUCUGUGAUAACAGGUUUUUUUUAGGGAGACCACAGAAAAAGUACAACAGGGUAAUUUUGUAUUAUUAACUGAGUCGGUAGAAUAAACUGGCCACUGUUAAGAGUUUUAAAGUUGAUAUUUCAAGCAUUAGCCCUUUGUCAGAGCUCUGACGAUGGAAUUAUGCUCAAAACAUUAGCUUUGAAACUCUUUAUGGUGGCCAAUUUACAUUAUCAAGUUGGUUGAUAAUACUAAAUUGCCCUGUUAUACUCUGCCACCAAUGCAGCACCACAGUUUCUUUGGAAACUAACCCCCUUAAUUCAAUGAAAAAGUACUUGGAUUGAUCAAAUAGUAGCUCUAGGAUAUAAAAGUGUUGUUUUGAUAAUAAGGAUUCAGAUCCUGGCAGAGGUUCUGUGUCAAAAUUUGGCAAUUUUAGUUUAUCAAGAUCCAUGAAAGAAUUUAAUCAUCAAAGUAUAGAAUUAAGUUUCAACUGUCCUACUAACCCUAGCUUUAGGAACUCUUUAUGGUGGCCAAUUUACAUUGUCAACUUAGGUGAGAAUUUCAAAUUAUCAGGUAACACCCCAGUGGAGUUGCACUGCAGUCUCUUUGGAGACUUAUUCGCUCUCUACUCACAAUAACAUAAUUUCCUUUGUUCACUUCUUUUCUCUUGUCUUUAAACUGUGUACUUUGUGCUAUUUUAUACUUAUGUUAUAAUGAAGAAAUGUAAAAUGGUUUCCGUGUUUACAUAGCCUGAUGUAAACACGCGGGAGGUUGGGAGAACACUCGAUAAGCUGGAAACCACUCCGCUUGGCGUCGUGGUUUCCUACGCUUAUCUCGUGUUCUCCCAACCUCCCGCGUGUUUACAUCAGGCUAUGUAAACACGGAAACCAUUUUACAUUUCUUUUAUAAAAUAACUAAUGAAAGAGGAACGGAAACCGUGUUUACAUACGCUCAUGUAAAGUGGUUUUAUGGCCAAUCAGAGCGCGCGUACUAUUUGAAUUAUUUUAUAAAGAAGACUUAUGUUCAGUGUUUGCUUUACAGAUUUAUUCACAAUCCCAAGGACUUUGAUUUUAUUUCUUCAUUCUUACCCGGAAAGGUUAGUCAACAUCAUUAUUCAAUCAGCCAUCUAAAUUCUGUGUCUACGUGUAUGAAGAACAAAAGUGAAGUAAAAAGUUGUAUACAUUAUAUAUCAUUCUGGAGUUCGUUUAUAUCUUCGCAACAAGCGGUUAUAGUCAUUUACUUCUAACGUGUAAAGAGGGAGGGAAGAUUCUAACUUUUGUUUGAUUACGGCUUACUGUUAUGUUAAGUAUUUGUCUCACUUAAAAAUGCGCGUGGAGCGCUUCAUGAUAAUUCAAUGAAAGUUUUGGUUUAGGCUUAUUGCCGAAUGUUUAUGGUUUGCGUUUCAUUAGCAUCCAACAGCUUCUAAAAGCUAAAAGUGUGGGGUCUCAGCUUAUAGGCAAAUAAAUGUGAUAUAACGUGAGAUCCCCUCUGUACUUAAUGUUUUAUAUUAUUUCCAUUUCUAGAGUGUGGGAGACUGUAUCCUGUUUUACUAUCAGACAAAGAAAAAAGAACAUUACAAACAGUUGUCCAGAAGACACAACCUCAAGAAAAGAAGAAGGGACCAAGUAUGUAAAUGAAUUAUUGUGCAUACACUGAAUUAAUUGAACUGCCCUCUAACAGUUUCAUAUGAGAAACCCUGGAAAUUAGCUUGUAUAAUGAAAAAAUCACAACUUUAGAACAAAACAAAAUAUGUUUCUUUAGCAUUAUCAUUGUUAGCCCUUUACACCCUAACAUCAAUAUGCAUAUUGUCGAAGUCAGGCAAGCAAACAUAACAUCCUUCAUACUGCAUUCAUUUUACAGCUUCCUCGUUGUUUACUCUGAACAAGAACCCGUCACAAGUCAGCUACUUACUAUUGACUAAAUUUGGCUAAAUUUUGUAGUACAAUCUUAAAUAAGAAAGGUUUUAACUUUUUGUUAGAUUUAUGAAUGAGUUUGAGAAUGGUUUUAACUUCACAGUUUGGAAAUACUCGUGAGCCCACCCCCACGAACAAGUCAAGAGGAGGCAUUUCAGAGAGCGGGUAAAUGAUGAUGCUGAUUACAUUAUAAGCAAGUCUUUUCUGAGACGUGUCUUAUUAGACUCCACUAUACAGACAAACCAGGUUUAAGAUUGCUUACCUGAAAGAAUAUUCAGAAUAUCUUACCAGCAUCAUGGUAUGGCUUACAGCGGAAUCGUGACUUUCUAGAUGGGUUACCUUUCAUUGUCUGUCUGAGGGAAAGCUGAAGUUUUAUUUUCUAUUUUAGUACUAAAGGUGGAUUUGAAGGAGAUGAUGACUUAGGGGAAAUCACUGAUUCGGCAGAAGAGAGUGAAGAAAACGAGGAACAGCCCGUCGUGACUACCGCCCAAGUGACCACACCCACCCCCUCUGUCAGGCACACAGGGAGGCCAGGUAUGAGACUGAUUUCCUUGUUUCCUUGUCAUGUCUUUUGCAAUUAACUCCUUGAACCAGUAGCUUUCAAACAAAACACAGGGGAGCUGAAAUGAACAACAAAGAAGAAUUGAAAAGCAUUGCAAUGUAUUCCCCUCAGAGAAGAAAUAGCUGUAGAUUCUCAGACUGUCUUGUUAUUCAUGUUACAAUCAUUUGGUUGUUGUCUUUAGAUCAUGUGGAGACAUCCCGUUGGAGUGAGAAAGAAAUAGAGAUUGCCUUACAGGGUGAGUUUGCUUUGAGCUUCUGUUGCUGGGGUCACGUGAACAAAUUUGACCUAUCUCAUCGUUGUAAAUAGUCUGCAAUGCAGGCGUCACAUUAGGGCAAGUUAACGUUAAGAAGUGCGUGAUGGUUUAUUCAACCGGCCAUGUUUGAUUUGGAGUUAGAGUUGACGGUGGAGAAGGGGGCGUGGAAAAGCGAAAUAAAUGAUUCCAACUCAAGUCAGUUAUGCCCAUCAAUUUUGUACCGUGUAGCAUGAGUAUAAUGUUGGUUAAACUUCAGAAUUUUUCCAGAUCUUUAAUGUGACGUCGAUAAACCAAAAUCAGUUCUUGCCAGGAAAAAAAUCCCGCAAAAUACAAUGCCGCAAAAUUUAAUUCCUUUAGUCCAUAAAAAAUAAGCUUUAAGCGAUGUAGAGGUGGGUAAGGAGUGGGCUUUUUGUUUAAUUUUUUUUGGUGUGCCGGUCCUUUUGGGCUGGAAGUCUUUCUAUGAUGUGUAAGAAAAUAACCGGUUGUUGAUUUUUGCACAGGUCUGAGAGAGUGCGGGCGCGAUUGGGAAGCUAUUGCUCGACGGGUUGUAACCAAGACUGGUGCUCAGUGUAAGAACUUUUACUUCAAUUACAAGAGAAAACUACGCUUGGAAGAUCUUGUUGCCGAACAUGAGGCUACUAAGGUGAUUAUCUAAGCAUAGUAUAGGGCAGAACUUAUCCUCAAACCCACAUUAGUACGUCUUGUGUCCAUAACUAUGAGAUAGCGACUUCGAUUAUAAAGGAUACGCUUUAUUUUAGUGGUAUAAGUCAUGAAUAUAGAAAAUGCUUUUUAACACGGGAAUAGCAUUUGAUCGUGUUGUCCGAUCGCUCGAGUGAGAGAAGUCAUAAGAAGUACUGUUGUCGGUAACAGUGCCUAAUGUUUUGAUGUAGCCAUCGGUAUCCGGUCACCUCGCCCCGUGGUCAUUUCGCCCCAGUCACUUCGCUCCAAAUAAAAGUCAGUUCGCUUCAUACAAAAGUUACUUCGCCCCAUGUAAGAAAUUUGUGAAAUUGUCGUGAAGGGGAGUUGGAUGAUUUUGAAGCCAUCACUGACUCUGCUGAUGACUUCCGCUCAGGUGGUCGAAACGUUGUUCCUCACUACAGACAGUAAGCAAUUAUUGGAUGAGGUUGAGCAUGAUAUCAUGAAUUAUCAAUGCCAAGGUCCGAGACGAGGUUUGAUUCGUGAUAUCAUGCGAAAAACGAAUUCGGUAAUUGUAUUAUUGUACAUUUUUUAACAAUCUGCAAAAGAAGACACCUACCUCUGAGUUUGCCAAAGUGUGAGAACACUGCACGGACGAGAGGCUUGGAAACAAGGUAGAUUUUUAACUCGACAUGAUGACCCUAUAACUACUACAGAUAUUGGGGUAUGGUGUCAACUUUACACGCUAUGGUAUGUUGACUGUAUGCUCUUGACCAAUAAUUUUUUUGUUAUGAAAUCGAUCAUUUGUAAUUGAAUCUUGUUGCUUAUAUUACAGAUGCAACGUGCCCAAGAAGAACAAAGACAGCAACGUGCCCUAGAAGAACGAAAACAGCAACUACAACAACAACAACAACAACAACAGCAGCAACAACAACAACAGCAGCAGCAACAGCAGCAGCAACAGCAGCAGCAGCAGCAGCAACAGCAGCAGCAACAGCAGCAACAACAUCAGCAGCCACAACAGCAACAGCAGCUGCAGCCCUAUCCACAUCCACAGGAACAUCACAAAGACAGUCCUGGCACUUCACAGAGGCGGGAACCAAACCCUAAGCAUACCAUAGCACAACAACCAUCAGAGAGUUACAGUUCUCAUUCAUCAGAUCCACAUAAUAAACCAGGCGGUGCUUCCAACAGUAAUGUUUCUUCCACAAGCGGUAAAGAGUCCACCUCGGUGAUUGUUAGUGCGGUUCACACCGCGGUGGGAUCCCCGAAAGAACCUGCAACUACAUCUUCUGUAGCGACGUCUAUCUCCAACCUCCAAAGGAUAGUCCCUUCUCAUUCUCCUCAUCUUCCUUUGACGAGCUCAAGCUCCACUCUAUUUAUGCCCACUCCAGGUGUGAUUGCGUCCAUUGGUAGAGCCUCGCCUAAUGUGGGAACAGGGCAACCAACUCAAGUAUAUACUCGACACCCGCUUCCCGAAUACACGAAGCCCGAGUCUACUCGUUCCUCAAGAUCACCACAUCCAGAAACCGUAUUUCCCGGAAUUGUAUAUCCAAGACCUGAAGGUCCACGAUCCUUACAGUCAGAUUUAUCGCAUUUAAGAGCCCCAUAUUUGGUUUCACCACGACCAGGUUACGUUCUUUCCGACUCGCGUCCCAUUUAUCACGGAUCUGCCACACCCAAGUCCCUCGGGUACAGUACAAACCCGCCGCACACUGCCACGUUGCAUACAGCAUCCUCACCACCUAGCCUUACUUAUUCAAAUAAAGGGGUGCUGCAUCCUGGUUCGUCUCACCCUAUAAUGUCACACCCUGGCAUCUCUCUCACUAGCAAGUCACAUGUUAGCAAAGUGUAUGGUCAAUCCUCGCACCCAUCUGAACCUAUCCAAACUCCAUCAGGCUCUACCGUCUUUGCUCCUUCAGGUGUGAUUAACACCCUCGGACUCAGUCGACCUGCGAGUCACUCUCCUGUACCUGCGGUCUCACAAAGUUCCUCUGAUGAGAGAGAAAAGUCUCCAAGUCAACCGUUACAUUUUCCCGAGCGGUUGGUGGCACAGGAUUCAUCUGUCAAACCAUCUUACUUAUAUCAAGGAAGUGCACGUUAUGAGCCAUCCAGCGGAAGCAUUUUGCAAGGUAAGACAUUUUUAUACUUCUACAAAAAAAGAAUCAAUUGCGGAUCGAAAAGAGAAAUCUGAGUUCCCACUGGUGAUUCUAUAGCCAGGUCCUUUGAUUUAGUUAGGUAGGGCAUAUAGAAGAAUCAUUCAUGUAUACCACUAUGCAAAUUUUUUUGUGAUUUUAGUAACGGGUUCUUAACCAUAAUUAUAUCUUUAUGUCUGGGUUAAAUGCAGAUCGGCAUCUUACAACCUUACUUAGGGGGAGGGGGUAAAAAAUUUUGGUAUGUGUGAUUUCUAAGUAGUUUGGGGUCUACAAAUUAAUUGAACUUUCCUUAGUUCGGGAUGUGUGAUAGCUUUGCAUGUCUAGACUUGCUCUAGACUACUAACCGCUUUGAGAUUCCAGAAAGUAAGCUUUCGAAAUUCCCGUCAAAUGUGCCAAAAUCAAGUGCAGCCAUAUUUUGCUCUAAAGUUUGUAAAGUCUUAAGAAAGCAUUCUAGUUGCUAAGCAGUAUUCAAAAUGGCGGCGUCCAAAGAGGUUGGGUAAUUAUUUGGAAUGUUGAAAUGCGUUACGUAGAAUUUGUUUAAUUUUUUCUUUUAAUUGGCGGUGGUAAAAAAACGUCUAGUAUUUCAAUUGUGCCUUUCCUUCAUUGUUUAUUUAAAUUUCUUGUAGAGGCUAGCUCGGAAGUGGUAAAGAAGAAUUCAAGGAUCCCCGAAAGUGCGUCAUACGUAAGGGAUGUUCCUAAACCUGAUGUAAUUGUCAUAGAAGACGAUCAAAAAAAGAGGAUGGAAGGCUUUCAUCGGCUCGACACAGGAGAAGGAAAGCAAGCUUCAAGCAUGUUGAGAAUGUUAGCAUCUGGAGGAAACGGUAAGCUUCACUCUAACUAUUUUGGAUGUGUGUUACCACCUCUCUUUACUGUUGAUAAUUGAACCUACCCUACUCCUUCUUGUUCGAAGAAUGAUUAUGCCGCCAUUUAGGAUACCGUAGACCCUCACGGGUGUCCUUCUCGAAAAAAUUGUUAACGCGACAUUUGAAGCGUAAUGGAAAUGUUAUGAAAUGUACUAUCCGGAAAAAUUGUUUCGUUUAGCUUUAUUUUAUUGUUAACCGACAAAGGAACGACGAUUUGAAAUGGGUGAUGUUUCUUUGAGCGAAUAAAUCGCAUAUCAAAUCUAACCGCACAAGUAAAAUUUCUGCACAAUUUCAAUCUAGAGAGGUUGUUCUUCAAAACCUUGUGGGGAUUUUUCGAUAUGCUUAGUGGUUGCUUAGCAAUUUAUCAGUCAAGUGUACUUACUGACGAUAAGCAUUACGUCAGAGGCCAUUGCAGGAUGUCCAUUUCGAAAACCAGAAAUCCUCCACACGCCAAUAAAAACGCAGAAGCGUCCUGCGGAGUCUUAGGAGACUCUCAGCAAAAUCAUAUCAUGCGAAUAACUAUCUUACAGUUGCCCGUGACAGACCUUAAUUUAUUCCACUGGACGGCAAAUUCGAUUUCAAGUCUUUUUUCUCAACUUAAAAGCGAAGUGCGAGGAUCGAAGAUUACUUCAACGGGCUUUUAUUCUUUUCGCGGUGAGAUUCUUUCGCCAUUCCGCGACGAAUUUCUUUGAAUUCUUGCACUCUUCUUUUUAUUUUUUGUCAUUCACAAUCGGGGUUUAAAUGCAGAAAGAUACCACGAGCAACUGAAAUCAGAUGUUUACGCAAUUGAAAUUUAAGGACCACGACGUUUAGCCGCAGAAAACACUUUGUGAGUCAUUUAUAGUGACAAAGUAUUAUUGGCUAUUCACACGUCGGCGGGCCACAAAGUUCAGUUCUAACGCACGUUUUUCUUAUUAAUUCGUGUGCGUUUCAAUAUUUUAUAAAUUUUUUUCCAUUUUAGUUAAAAUAGAGAUGCAUAAUUUGGCAUGAUAAAAAAAUUGUCCCAAAAAAUUGGCCCUCUAAGGUCUACUUUAUCUUUAAGAGAGACGAACGAUUUUGCCAGCAGGGACUUCAGUUUGUGCUCCUGAAUGGAAGUGUUCCGAAGGUAGAGGUGCCUGGAGAGGAAGGCUUCACUUUAGUGCUGUAACAUGUGAUUCAAUUCCUCAACCUUCUCAUCUUUUCUUUAGGGCCAACAUCGUCGGGAGAUCACGUACCACCAGUGACGGAACCUGUGCGACCACAAAGUCUACCGCUGUCUUCCAGCAACCGCAUCAUUAGCCACACUGAUUUACGAUCUCAACAGAGUGCCACUCCACCAGGCAAUUUGGCCAUGCGCCCACAAACCCUAAAUCCCCCACCGCCUUUGAUACAAGUGCCUUCUUCACGUGAUAAAAAAUAUAUCACGGCACACGAAUUGUCAGCUGAAACGACUCGACCCAGGGAGGGGUUCGCACAAGGCGAAGCCUACCACGAUCGUUAUCGCAAUGUUGGUCAGGAAACCUCUACUCUAAGAGAUGUACCAAGACGCGCACACACUCCCGUCGAUAAUAGAGGCGGUGAAAGGGAGAAACGAUCAGUUGUGGUAGAGACCGUUGACUUAACGAGCGAAAGAGAGGUUAGUAGUGCAUCACUAGUACGCCCCACAGCGAUAUCACCCGCAGUUGCUCAAGGUUCAUCAUCUGCUCGUGCCCAUCUGCAAGCCAUGGCAAGGUAUGCUUUAGCUGAGACAAGUAGUCCAGAAGUGACUGAAAAGAUGGGGCAUAAGAGAAAAGAAGAAACUUACCUUCCUCCGAGGCAUCCUGACGUUAAACUUACCGCUUAUGAGAAGAAUGAAGCGAUACGAAAGUAUAAAUUGGGUACCGUCUGCUUAUCAGCACCACGCGAGGUACCUGUCGGAGGAGAAUAUUCUAGUCAAGCGUAUGGGUUGAUGCCAAUGCCGACUCUGCAUCAGCCUCUCACCCACACCCACCCACAUCCAGCUGGCACCUCAACACCUCCACCAUAUGGUUAUCCCUUCCACAUGGGGCAUCCAGUGGGAACUUUGCACCACCACCCAGAACACCGUUUCUUGGUUCCAGUUGGGGUACCUGUGCGUGAAUUGCUCCCACAUAGUGUGAAUGGCGAGGAUCUACCCAGUCACGUAAAGCUUAGUGGGGCAUUUGCUCAUCAAUAUCCUCAAGGAGCAGCAUAUUAUCCAGCGAGUUUAAGGCCUGUGGUGCCAACAUACCAGCCAAUGUCUGUUUGUGGUCAUCCAUAUUCUGUACCCUUGGGUGAGGAAAGACGCGCUGUUCAUCAUCCACUUGAAGUGUCUGGCAGACGUCAAAAUGAAAUAUCAGAGCAAGAAUUGGCAAACCCUUUUGUUGUUAAACAGCAGAGGCAUAUGCAUGCCCCUGGAAUACCGGAAAAAGUCGUGUCAUCUGGUGAACUAUCAACAUUUCCCCUUUCCAGUCGCUCGCCAAAGGAAUCUGCUCCACGUUCACAUGCCCUUUCUCCUGAGAUGAAACCAAAGACAUCCGCUCAUACUGAAGAAGCAAAAACUGUUUCGCCACCAACAAGUUCUUACCUAUCGAGAAUACCAUCAAGGCCAGCCUCUGUUUCUGAGAUGCGCAAUCGAGCUGCUGUUAUUCCAGAGCUAGGAGAUACUGAGGGAAGCGUUAAAAAAUUUCCUGAUCCACAACCACUUGUGAUUAUGCCUACCAAUGAAGACUGUCAAAGGGAGAACAGUGCUAGACUUGCACAAGAGGAAUUUGUUAAAGAAACGAAGGACCUCUCCAAAGAGGACAAAGAGGGAUCUAUGGUAGAAUCUUCACAAAUGGCUGCUUUUGCCACUUUGGUUGAUGUUGCUGCGGCAGCUAGGAAAGUUGAUGUUCCAGUAGCAGAACACUUGCCACAGAAAGAAGCCAGUGAUGUACGAGUGUCGCCCCCUGUAAGGCAAGGUGGGCAUACAGCAGCGUCACAUACAAGAGUGAAAUCACCACCAAGUCCCUCCAGAGCGUCACCUGGAGCUUCUACACCCCGGUAUGGAAUUACUACUGGGCUUGUUCCAAAACCUCCGCCUCUCAUGCCCAUCACUGGAAUGAGACCUUUGCAAGAGGGAAGUAACUCCAGCACCACUCCAAUCAGUGUCUCAAUUGCAAGUCAUGGAACUGGCAUGGUAUCGCGUAGUCCAAGCAAGCUUACAUCACCUCCUGGAGCACGAUCAGCAAGGGCUUCUGUGAGUCCCGAUGGCCCUCCACCACUGAUAUCCCACACAGUUAUUAGUCCUACUUCAAGUAGUCCGUCACAAGGAAUGAGCUCAAAAGGACCACCUCCCUUGAUUAAAGGCAUUGUCUCACCCGUUGCCAUGGAUCUGAGAAGUCCAGAAAAUGUUGACAAUUCAAGGAAGACCACAUCCAAUCAAGACAGCGUCGUUGCUCUUCAACGUUCAGAUCAGGAGCCCGCUCAGUUAGAUAGACCAUUUGUAAGAAGUGUUCAAAAUAUGGAACCUGACUUUCAACGAAAGGUUGGUCAACAUCUUCAGGAAUCGCCACAAACCUCGUCACAUCAGAUUGAUGACAAAAGCGCCAAGAGGCCUUCCUCGUUGCCACAGUCAGCUCGGCUGCCCCAAGUAAGAACGAUAUUUGAAACAAUCAAUUACGUUGACUCUACUCAUGCUGAAUUGCGACAUCCAUCUAGACUUCACAUGAAUCCAUCCCAACCUCCCUUCGUUGGGAUGUACAGAGGGGAGGAUUUCUCACCAGUAACACGACCAUCAAAUGAAGUGUUUACAGAGAUCACCCAACGAGAAGGCCGUUACGCGGAUGAGAUGCCAAGAUCAUGGACAAGGAAGGAAACAGAGAGCGAAGAAAAUGUGCAACCACCUCUGCAAUCCGAUCAGUCAUUCUUAAGACAGUACCCAGCAGAAAACGUAGAUCAAAGGGGCAAAGAAUCCUGGCAAGCAAUUUCAAAAAAGUUUCCGUCUCAUCAAAAAUCACAAUCUGUAUCGAGCGAUGAAGAUUCUGCUCCACCACAGCGUGGGCCUUCUACGCACGCACCAAUCUCCCCUGGUUCUGGUAGCGAGACGGAAGAGGGUGAUGAAGGUGACAUGGAGACUGAAGAUGGGGUGCCUCCAGUACAUCCCCGCAUAUUGGCACUGACAAGGAGGAGUUCCCAGGGUCAUUCCCAGUCCCCGUAUUACGAACCGAGUGACAGUGAAACUUUAUCUGCUGAGGAGUCAGAGAAUCUACCCGAGAGUAGUGAUGAGAUGCUUUUGAGUUCAACAAUGACGCCAUGUACUCAAUCCUAUGGUAGCUCCGAGGUUGACAAACCUGGCAAUCACGAAAGCUUCUAUGAUGACAAAAAUAAACCUGAUACUAACCACACCUCUACUACUUCAUCUGUCUGUAACCCCAGUGCGUCAGGAGUCUCCUCGGUUGAUGAAGAUGUACAAAUCGAUGAAUCAGUAUCAGACUGCGACGAAAGACAGGGAAGUGUUGCUCCUGAGGAUGUUGUUACAAGUACAAAAUCUCUCAGUGAAGAGUUGCUUGACGUUAAAGGUGAGGAUUCAUCCUCAGAUUCCCCAACUGCUUCGAGCUCAGUUGUAGCGGCUGCAAAACAUCUCCCAAGCCCAGAUCCUGGUGCAGAGGAAGAAGAAACAAAUGUUGGUUCAAGUCAAGAGUUUCAUGGAGAAUCUGAUGUAUAUGAACAUGAAAAUUGUUAUCCUUCACAGAGCUCUCCUUCACCCAUUGUGGAAGUUAAUUCCCUGGUGGAAUUGCCUGAACAGGCAUCGAGCGGCAUAGACAAGUAUAACACUGUAACAGUAGAAUGCAGUGAAGAUGUCCAAGUGGGUAGCAGUGAAACAGAUAGAGGUACAGAUAUAUCGCAGUUCGAAUCGUCAGAACCACAAACCUCGCAAGAAAUACCAGAUAGUUCAGCUAAUCUUGAGAAUAGACCUGAUAGAGGCAAGGUGUCACCUUCGGAAAAGAAUGAUAAUAUUGAAGAUGAUGGCAUUACUAUAGUGCCGGAUGAAAACGCAUUGACCACUGUACAGCCUGGGUUAACGCAACCUAGUGAAGUAACUUCCGUGUUGACUGAUGAACAAUCUGUAUCACCGCCGGAAAGAGGUGAAGGUAACUAUGUAUGUCAAAGUGCUCCUGAAACAGAAAAUAAUAACGUCGCGUCCACUUUAUCCGACCAAGAAAACGAAGAAUAUGAAUUGAAUGAAGAAACAAGGGAAGCAGACGCAUUAGAAAACUCUCCCCAAGCUGAACAUGGAUUUCUGGUGGACCCUGACACUUACAGCUCCCCUUCAGAUACCAACCAUCCGGAAAUCAGUUCGGCAAUAGACUGUGUGUCUGAUGAUAAUGAGCAGGUGUCUUACCCGACUUUUGUUGGGGCGUUUGUUCCACUGCCGGGAGAGGUAGCUUCACCGGAUGUCAGAUCUGGAGGCUCCACUCAAGUUCCUUCUGAUGAGGGCUCAGUCUGUGAUGAAUUACCAGCUGACAAAGAAGUGGAGAACACAGAGCAGACAUUGUUACCAAAAGUAGAGCCAUUAAACGUUUUAAGUCCAAACGAAGAAGCUAAUCACACGGACGAUACACUCUCAGAAGGAGAGAUUCCACCCUCACAAGAGAGCAGUCAGUCUGAAGACGAACCUUUGCCUUCAGAAGGCAAACCUUUGGGUAGCAAAGCUACUUCCCUCCUCCACGAUGAUCCCAUCACUACACCUCAGUCCACCAAGCAUCCGGAGACAACACCUCAAAUGUCCGAUUGUGUUCAACUUCCCUCUCCUAGCAAGGAAUCUGAGGACGAUGAUCAGUUAUCCGAAGGGGAGAUCCGGGAGUCCGAGGACGAACCAACCACGGAAUCUUACGAAGAGUCAUCCUCGUCAAAUGCAAAUCUGGUCUCUAGCUCAAUGUUAGGCAGGGAUGGUGACACUUGUCCAGUUACAGAUAGGGUGUCGUCGAGUAAAGAAGCUACAACACGAACCGAGUGUUACAUCAAUAUGAUCCCCAUUUCUCCUGCGCCACCCGAAUCACCCAGUCACCCAUCAAGAGGAGACCGCGCAUCGCCACUUCCACCAUGGCCAUUUACCGAAAGUCACCACCCGUCGGUAGUUCCUUUAGCAGCUCGCAUGACUUUCCCUUAUUCUUCCUUAUCACUCAAUGUGGGUUCUGCAUCUAGCAGUGCUCGUUCUUCGCCGGUACCCCAUUCGUUUGCGGUCAAUUUGGCCCCAGGCUCGAGCCCUAGCAGCUCGUCAUUGUUGUCAAGGCCACAAGAACCAGCCCCUCUCCUUUCAGAUAGUUAUGAACCGUUAAGUGAUGAUGAAGUUGAGGAGAUGGCCGAUAAUUCAACCAUGAGGGAUGAACAGGAUUUAUAG